UAGACUUCAAAAAAUUUUGAAGGUUUGGUUUGCUACCUUCAAGUUUGUGGCAGAGUAUAUUUUCCAAAAUGGUGUUUGGUUCUUUUAGUUGUGUUACAACAUGUGGCUUACAUCGGUGUUUGUCUGCAUUAGUUGGAAGCAGGUUUUAUUGGAUUGUAUGACAUAUUUGUCCCUAACAAAUUACAUUAAUUCCAAAUUUGCCCUUUAACCAAAAUAAACAUAUAUAUUUUCUAUUUGCCCCAAAUUUUCACUCCCGCCUUCUUCUCUACAUCUGCGAAAACUCCCCGCCCAAAGCAGAUGGCCAACAGCUCACGGAGGUGAAGUGAUUAGCGGCGAGAACAAACCGACGUCUUCUUAGGGCACACGGACAAGAACAUGUAGUCAUAAAUCCAAUCUGCUUGUGUGAAUGAUGUCUGACUCUCACAUACCACCGGCAUCGAAAAGCCACAACCCGAAUGGUGGUGCUAUUCGUGGUAAGACUGGUGGAAUGAAGCCCGAUAGGUCUAGGCGUGCUUGGUCACCUCGUGAGGAGGAAGUCCUCAUACUUGCCUUGAAGGACCUAGUCACUAACCGUUGGAAGGCCGAUAAUGGGUUCCGAGCAGGAUUCCUCACUCGUGUUGAAGAAUAUAUCCGUCGAGAAAUCCCUAACACAACUGUGAAAGCCCAACCUCAUAUUUCCUCUAAGAUCAACACUUGGAAGAAAUUCUACAAUUCAUUGAAUUCGAUGCUUGACCGUAGCGGUGUUGGAUUCAACUCAGAUGGUGACUGGAAGAUAGAAUGCAACGACGAGCAGUGGGCCCAAAUCGUGAAGGCUGAUUCUAAAGCACGCUAUAUGAGGUAUAAGUCUUGGCCAUUUUACAAUGACUGGAAGCACAUAUAUGGGAAGGAUCGUGCAGCUGGUAUAAGAUGCGAGGGCAUGACUCAAGCUUUUGCCAAAAUGGGUGCUGCCCCUUCUCCGACUGGUCGUGUCCCUUCACCAACUGGUGGUGACCCUUCUCCCAUGCCGGAGCCUCAUCCUGAUGUGUACAAUGUCAAUCUAGAGGAUUUGUACACCCAAGAGGAGAUCCAAGAAAGCCUCAAUCCGGAUACCGGAUGUGAAAGCUCUUACAAAAGCCACACUACAUCCAACAAACCUAAUCGCAAAAGGAAGGCAGGGGCUGCAUUGGAAUCCAUCUUGGAGGCGAUGUCAAAGAUGAACGAAGAAACGAACCAGCGCCUGGACACUUUAACAACCCGUAUCGGGUACGAGUUCGACCUAAGUGCUAAACGAACUGAAGUUUCAAAACUGCUGCGCACCGUCCCAGGUUUGGAUAGGAAGCAAAAAUUCCUUGCUAGCGACAUACUUGUGAAGGAGCCCGAGAGGCUGGACCUUUUUAUGGGCUACGACGAUGAUGAGAUGGCCGACUACCUCAUGCAUAUCCUUGAGGAAAAAAAUGGUAAGUGAUCAUACACCAAAGGGACGACAUUGUUUUGGUGGACUUCAAAGCCUAGUA